AUGUUCUACUUCCACUGUCCGCCUCAGCUGGACGGAGAGUGCUGUCGCUCCAACACAUUGAAUUCAAGUGGCUUUGGCAACCACGCCCCGGCUGAUUUUGAUGAUGGAUUUCUACGUAGAAAACAGCGCAGAAACAGAACAACAUUUACUUUGCAACAGCUGGAGGCUUUGGAGGCCGUCUUCGCUCAGACUCACUACCCUGACGUGUUCACCCGGGAGGAGCUGGCCAUGAAGAUCAACCUGACCGAGGCCAGGGUGCAGGUUUGGUUUCAGAAUCGCAGAGCAAAGUGGAGGAAGACAGAGAGAGGGAGCGCAGAUCCUGAAGCAGGGAAAGAGCAGAUGAAUGACGGCACUCCUCCAUCUCGCAGCCUCAACUCUCAGUCCCCAGUGGACCACAGCAGAAAGCAGAAAGAACCAAUGGAGAUGCAGCAGAGUAUGAACAGGACAGUGGGUCCAAGCGGUCCGUUCUUCCCAUCCUGUAUACCCGGCACACUCCUCAACUCUGCCACCUAUGCCCAGGCCCUCUCACAGGUCGCCACACUGAAAGGUAAUGGCUUAUGCUCCUGCUGUGUUUCUGACCCCAUGGGCUUGUCCUUCCUGCCGCCCUACGGUUGUCAGGGAAACCGCACAGCCAGCGUGGCCGCCCUGCGCAUGAAGGCCCGUGAGCACUCGGAGGCUGUGCUGCAGUCUGCCAACCUGCUCAGUGCGGCCACUGGGACCGGUGCCGGCGUGGGAGUCCUGUCUGGAGUCGGCAUGGGCCCAUCUGGGGUGGCGAGGCCCACAGUGGGUUCUGCCAUCGAGGCAGUGGGAAGAGUGGGAGACAGAUCCAGUCCCAGCCCGGCCACCAAGAUCCCAGUCCUGGGUAGCCUUCCUGACAAACACCCUCACUGCUCCAAGGAACAACUGGAGAAAAAGUGA